AUUGGUUGUAACUUGGUAACCCUAUAUUGACCCAUUUCCGUUUAUAAAAUGCUUAGCGCACCUGAGUUUUCUGAUCUGAGAUUGAGAUGGAACGCAAUAUGAUUACAAGAAUAUGUCAUGAACAAACAGUGUUAUUGCCAAAAUAUCAACGCAUGUUAAUGGAUACGGUCGCUACAGAAGGUGAGACAAGGAGACUCCAGUACUCCGGGAUAUAUAGAAACUCUCCAUGGUAACAGAGUGGCUUGGAAAUGCCUGGACGGCGUUGUACUUCUUCCUUGUGAGGCCAAUGUGGAAGUGGGUACUUCGCAAAUACACAGGACGGUGUGAGCUUCUGCGGCUAUCAUACCAGUAUGAUGAGGGUGCUAAACGUACCAAAAGUAUCGAGAAGUCGCUGAAGCUGUCCAGGGUGACUUACCUGAAGGAGCUGUACAAAUCUGACAACAUCCAAGAUGUUGCAGCUGCUGCUCAAGAGGUGAUGGUGCUGAAGGCUGUCGUUUCAGAGGUCCAUCCCAGAUUUAUGGACUGUUUCCAAGUCUGCUUGUGUCAGAUUUGUGGAUACAAGAAACUUAAGAACGAAGUUGAGAGUAUAAAGAAAGUGUUAUAUUCUGCUGAAAACCCAGACCAUGAAACGAAACUUCUGAAGCUGUGGGAGGUCAUGAUGCCAGAUGUUAAGUUAGAAAUGAGGGUCAGCAAUCAAUGGAAGGAGCUUGGUUUCCAAGGCGACGACCCAAAGACAGACUUCCGUGGCAUGGGCGUACUGGGCCUGUACCAACUUCUGUAUUUUGCUGUGAAGCACUCAGAUCAGUGUCGGAGGAUUCUCUCCCGUUCCAAACAUCCCACUUACUGGUACCCCUACGCUGUUGUGGGAAUCAACUUGACAAAAGCCAUCUAUGAACUGUUACAAAGCGGAGCACUACGGACACAUUUCUACAACAUAUCCAAGGGUCAGCCAUUCCUUCACGACUUCCAUGAAGUGUACUGCUACAUGCUCUUCGAAUUCGACAAGUUUUGGAUCAACUCAAAGCCGAAGGAUAUUAUGGAGUUCGGAAGACUGCAGGGAAAAUUUAAGAAACUCGUUCUCAGUAAACUUAAGGAUGACCCAUCGACAGUUUUAGUAGCUGAUUUCCAGAAAGGACACCAUGGAGAGGAUUGCUUUGGAAAUAGCUGAUUAUUUGGAAAGUAGCUUCGGAAAUGUUUAAAACAAAGGCCGUGAAAUUGAGUUUACAUGGACCUCGUUUGUUUGUGUUCAUUUGCUGAAUUAGUUUGAUAUGUCGACAUAUCCUAAAGAUUGGUACUAGUCAUAAAUUAAUUACCUCCACUCAGUGGAUUUGACAAACUUUGGUCUAGGGCAUCCUUGGGCGAAGGACCUGAGGGGCAGGGCCCAACUGAGAGAAAUAUUGCCUGUUCCUUUUGUUUUUUGUGUAAACAGUGACAGCCAGCCCCCAGCUUAUCACAAUAUUGAAAACAUUGUCCUCCACAGUCCUGGUAAGAGUCAUAAACAAAUCAUACAAGUUAAAAAUAGAAAAUGGGAAUGUGAUCUGGAACUGGAAGAUAAGAAGCUUUGGUGGAAGAAAACUCUGAGAGACUUUUAAACAAACAAAUGUCACAAAAUUACGAUGUCUGCAAUACUGUCUGGUCCAUCAAAUUUUACCUAUUACCGUAAAAGUACUUAAUUUGAUGCAUUCAAAUUUUAGUGCAAAACCAAGUUCCAACAAAAUACCAGAAUGAUCAGUUAGCACACCGAAAGUGAUUGUCAUAGAUACCAAUGUAGUUAAACUAGAAUUAGCGCAAUCAUAAUUUAGCGGAAUGCUAGAAACGCUAAAACAAGAUUACCGCUAUAAUAUGUACAUUUCAGUUACAUUUUGUUAUUCAGAAUUAAAGUGGAUUCAACACUUGUACAUUUUGUAGGGAAGAAAAUGAAAUAUAUUAAUGUUUUUUUUAUGAAUGGAGUUAGAGAAGUAGUUCUUUGAUAAAACUGUGUUCAGUUUGAGUAUAUCGGUACUGUGAAUACUUUAUGAUCGCCAUUAUAGUAUGGUUGAUAAAUAUUGAUGUCACUGCAGUUUAAGCAAUAUGUACUGUGAAGGUGGCUAUUUCUGCAGGGUUGGAUUUUGACAGGUAGACCAUAUGCGUAGGGGUUAUUUUCAUUAAUUUUUCAUUAGCUCAAAGUUAAAAAAUACCUCAUACUUCGUUUGCAAGAUAACAUUUUCGUCAGCCGAGUGUCCUUCUUGCAUUUGGCAUAAAUAAAUACCACCCCCCACCAUGAGCAUUGUCGAAAAAUUUAACUAAUGAUAACUCUCGUAACGGCAUUGUCGAAAAUUUGACUAAUAAUUACUCUUGUUUGAGCAUUACGGACAAAUUUGACUAAUGGUUACUCUUGUAACGGCAUUUUUGAAAAAUUUGUUGCUCACAAUUACUCUCGUAUGAGCAUUACCGAAAUUUUGACUAAUGAUAACUCUUGUUUGAGCAUUGUCGAAAAAUUAACUCUGGUAUGAGCAUUGUUGAAAAAUUAACUCUCGUAUGAGCACUGUCGAAAAAUUAGACUAAUGAUAACUCUGGUAUGAGCAUUGUCGAAAAAUUUGACUAAUAAUAACUCUCGGAUGAGCAUUGUCGAAAAAAUCAACUAAUAAUAAAUCUGGUAUGGGCAUUACCGAAAAAUUUAUAAGAUGAACAUUAGCUUCAAUGUAAACUUUUAUAUUUCAUCCAUUUACUAUUUAUUAAUGAAUAUCUAUGUAGGCGAUUUAUAUGUUUACUUAAUAAUUACAGUAUUCAACCUAAUUAGAGCACCUUCCCAUCUACGUGCACCCCCGCCUUUUUAGGAGUGCGCUAAUUGAAACACAUAAAACGUUUCUUACCUCAAUAAUGUGCCAAUAUGAUUUUCAGCCUUUUAACUAAAUACUGUAUUGUUUUCGACACAUAAAGAUAUGUUAAUGAAAAAAACCCACUUUUCACAUGGGAAAUUUUCCCCUGUGCAUGGGGGCUGCAGUGGCCGAAUGGUUAAGGUGUCCCAACACUUUAUCACUUACCCUCCACCUCUGGGUUUUGAGUUUGAAACCUACGUCGGGGAAGUUGCCAGUCGUCCUUAAAUGACCCUGACUGUUAAUAGGACGUUAAACCAAAUAAACCGAACCAAUUACAUGUUUUUUUUAAGUGCACCUUUUGUGUUUUUGUAAGUGCACAGUGUGUUUACUUGUUCAAAUACGGUAUAUGUUUUU